AUGCAAGGAAGUUAUUUCGGUAAAGCUCCAUUUCUUAUUGAUCCAGUAACAGCAAUCAAAGCAAUGACAGCAGGUAAAUUGAUUGAUGUUGAAUUUGUGAACGGUUGUAAAAUAAAGGAUCCCGAUAAGAGUGGUUUUUCAGCGGUUAUUGAAUUGGCUAGAUUGGCCGGUAUUCUUAAUAUUCUUUGGUGGCCUAGAUCAAUCGAUUGA